AAUGCUACGAAGCACCGCAUCAUAAAAAUUAAAAUGACAAUUUACAACCUGUAUAUUUUUGAUAGGAACGGAACAUGUUUACAUUAUGGAGAAUGGAACAGGAAAAAACAAUCGGGCAUGUCAAAAGAUGAAGAGUUCAAACUGAUGUAUGGAAUGUUGUUUUCAGUGAAGUCAUUUGUUAGCAGGAUAAGUCCAACAGAUAUUAAAGAUGGAUUCCUGAACUUCAAGACGAACAAAUACAAGCUCCAUUUAUAUGAGACAGCCAGUGGUUUAAAGAUUGUGAUUAACACAGACCUAGGUGUUGGCAGUAUCACGGAUGUUUUACAUGAUAUAUAUAAAAAUAUAUAUGUAGAAUAUGUGGUGAGGAAUCCUGUAUGUGACUUGAGUCAGCCGAUUGAGAGCGAAAUUUUUAAAACGAAACUAGAUGAAUACAUUCGUGCAUUAAGUAUAUUUGCUACAAGAGUGUCGUAGUUGAACCAGUCAGUAACAUUUUGGGAACAUAUGUGUAAAAAGAAAUUCAGAAAAGUUAUAGAAAAGGAAAGCCUUAAAAGUGAUUAAAUGAGUGGACUGUAAUUUACUAAAAGCGUUCAGAAUAUGAUUUCAGUGCCAAGGAGUAAAUGGAACAAUCUGAGUGUGAAAGUGACUUCUAUUGCUGACAAGUUAUUAGGCUUUGACCAUAUGAUUGUAGUUUUUUAGCUCACCUGAGCUAUUGUGAUCAUGCUGUGUCCGUCUAGUCAUCCAUCCGUCUUCAACAGUUGUGUUUAAACAACAUCUCUUCCACUCCUCCAAAACCACUGAAAGGAUUUUGAUGAAGUUGGCGUGGAUGUUCCUUUGAUGGUCCUCUACCAAAGUUGUUCAAACAGUUCCGCCUGGUUGAUAUAAGGGGCGCUAGAGCAAAUUUUGGUAGAAAAAUCUUCAAACAACAUCUCCUAAACCGAUGGUCCAAUUUCGAAAUAAUUUCACACAAAUGGUCCUUAUGUCAUUCUCUACCAGGAUUGUUCAAAAUAUACCUAUUGUCUGCCAGGGGGCAUGGUCACUUUUCCCAGUAUGUAUAUAGUGAAAAUUUGAAAAAUCCUCUCAUGUGAGACUGCUGGACUGAUUUUAAGAUAAUUUUACACAAAUGGUCCUUGUGUGACCCUUUAUGAAGAUUGUUCAAAUUAUUACAAUUGAUUAAAAUACAUGGCUGCAUGGGGGCGUGGUCACUUUCCCUAUAUGUUAAUAAUAAUAUAGUAAAAAACCUUGUAUAAAACUGGUAGCCCAAUAUUAAAAUAGUAUCACACAAAUGGUCCUUGUAGCAACCACAACUGAUUUUUCUAAGUAGCUUAACCAGUGUUAUAAUAACAUAUUCAUAUUCUGUUUAAUUAAAUAAACAGAACUCUUUUUCUUAAUUUUUGAAAUGUCUUUAAAAAUAAAAAAAGUUAAUAUGAAGAUUUGAAAUUUCUUAAAUUGUCAUUUUUUCGGGAUUUUUUCCUCUAUAUAAAUAAUAAGGAACAGAUUCAUAGUCCCGGACCGUUAAAACUCUGAAGUUUACAUUAAUAUUUGGUCUUUCACUCAUUUUAAAAGAUAAUUAGCUGAAAUUCAUACUCUCACUGUUUUUUCACAAGACAUCAUGUAUAGGAAGGUCCUGUCACGUGAUCAUCUAUCGUCACGUGACAUCAGUCCACCCUGAUGAAGGUUCCAAGAUGGAGCCGAAAGCUAGGCAAAGCUCAACAAAAAGUCUCAGAUAUGUAACUAUCAUCACUUAUCUACAAAUGGCUGAGACAGGAAUCAAUCUACAUUCCAAAUCAUGUAUAGGACAAGGAAUGUAAAACAAACAAUAUUAAAAUUAAAUCUAUCAUUUUAAUAAAGAAAUUAAAUGUAUUAUUUUAAUAAAGAAAAUAUUUCAAUAUGAAAUAAAGUUUGACAUUUCAAUAUGAAGUAAUGUGUGACAUUUCAAUAUGAAAUAAUGAUGACAUUUCAGUUUGAAAUAAAGUCAAGAAAUUCAAGACUUGUACAGUAGCAUUAACAAUAAUCUUGAAACUGGUACACAUAAUGAAUAAAUGGUUUAGCAUGAAUACCAUUGUAAUCUGACUAUAAGAUAUAUCACAGACUAGUAAAAUUAAAAAAAGCAUGGUAUGAAAUUUGCUGUAAACAUCAGUAAUAUCAUUAUGCUCCUUGACAUACCACUGGCGACCUGAACUGAUACAGUCUGGAAUGAAUUGUGUGCACAACACAAACUGUUUAUUCACAACUUGUCGGUCAUCCCUGGAUGGCCAUUGAUAGUACCCAUAUUUUCUGAAAGGUGCCAUGAACUUUACAAUUAUUGUAGUGUCAUCCACAAGUUUUUCUACUACACCAGGAUACCAAUUGUCUUGAUAAGCUAUAGCAACAUACUCAUUGACACACAACUGUUCAUCUACCACAAAAUAAUUUUUUUGCUUUUUGUUAUCUUUUCUUUCAUCUGUGUUGACUUUGUGUUUCUUUCCUUUGCUUUCCUGUCAUAUUUUCAUGUAUUUCAGUGAGCACAUUUUUUUCAUGUUCACGAUGUUUCUGUCUUAAUAUUUUCUCCCCCUUUACGCUCUGAUGUCAGAAGGUCUGUUUUUUGCGAACUGUCACUAAUCCACCUCAUUGUGUUUGCACCAUGCAAGUAGUGAACAUCAUUUUCAUUUCCCCCGUAAUCUCUCAACAUUGUAUCUCGCCAUUCAUCCAGUAACUGAUCUGCACGCUUUUCAUUGGAUGCCCUAUCACUCAUAGUAAAUGCAAGUUUUUGAAUAGUCCCAACUAAAUAAUCUAGGUUUUGCUUAGUUGCACACAAUUCAUUUAGUUGUUGUUCUGUGACUUUUUGAAUGAUGUCGGCUGUUUCUCACGUUACACGAGUGAAUCCCAAACUGAUGUUGUCACCGGAGGCAAGUGUUACCGCUGUAUCAACAACUUUUAGCUUGACUAUUUGAAGAAUAGGGGAGCUAUCCUACUCGCCCCGGCAUCUGCGUGAGCGGGAGCGUCACACAAAUGUUAAAGUUUGCGUACCACCCCAAAUAUUUUCAAAGUCCAUUGAGAUAUUACUUUGAUAUUUUGCAUACUUGUUUACCAUCAUGGCCCCAGUCUGUAAAAGGAGGAGGCAACUCUAUCGAGCAUUUUGACUGAAUUAUGGCCCCUUUUCGACUUAGAAUAUGCUUAUUGUAAUGUUAAAAUUUUACUCAUAGCUUAUAUUAUACUAUCAAGCACUGAGAAUAGUCGAGCACGCUGUCCACUGACAGCUCUUGUUUGUUUUCUUCUUCUUGUUCCUCUUAUUGUUCCAGCCCGCCCGCUUAGCUCAGUAGGUAAGAGCGUUGGUCUACGGAUCGCGGGGUCGCGAGUUUGAUCCUCGGGCGGGGCACAAUGUUCUCCGUGACUAAUUGAUAAACGACAUUGUGUCUGAAAUCAUUAGUCCUCCACCUCUGAUUCAUGUGGGGAAGUUGGCAGUUACUUGCGGAGAACAGGUUUGUACUGGUACAGAAUCCAGGAACACUGGUUGGGUGAACUGCCCGCUGUUACAUGACUGAAAUACUGUUGAAAAACAGCGUUAAACCCAAAACAAACAAACAAAAUCUUGUUGUUCCAUCACGACCAAGUCCCCAGUUUGUGGCCUUUUCCAUUUUAUCAGCAGUGUAAGCCUUCACUAAAUUACGUCCCUCAUUGACUAUAGUUUGUGAUGUUGUAGCGUUUGGUCAUUCAUCUUUUGUAAAUUCUUUUCCAAAUAUGUGCUUUGAAACAACGUACCUGAAGAACAGAAGACAUUUUUUCUACCGCAACCUCAAGACCUGCCAACUGCAUUUUGCACAAAUGAAUAUUGUCAAAGUAAACAUGUUCAUUUUUGGUCUGAAUAUUCAAAUUUUCUAAUUCAUUAAUUUCCUCCUCAAGUUCAAUAAUAGUGCUUUCCUUUUCGGCAAGCUGAAGUUUGAUUUUUUUAUUCUUUUUAAUUUCUUCCUCUAAAAUACUGCUGCACUCGCAACUAUCAAGAGCCUGUGUGUGUAACUGGUUCACUUCUCCUCUUAAAUAACUGUUCGCUUUUUGAAGUGCAACUUUCUUUUUCCUCUCUGCCUCGCAUUUUCAGUCAGAGUUUCUACUUUUUUUUUCAGAUCCGCAUAUUCUUGUUGAAAAUUGAUGAAAUCUAAUUUAUAAUGCUUUUGUAUUUUGAUAAUCUUAUCUUGUUUAAUUAUCUUUCUGUGUGCAUCUCUUAGUGCGUGUAAAUUCUUCCUUGCCGUUUCAUUGCGUUUAUUCAUGUUUAUCACAGAAUAGUGUCCCUUAGCACUGGUAACAUUUUCUAAUUCAGAUUUUUUUCCUGACACUUUAUUUGAGGGUUGGACUAGUUUACGCUUUUGUACUCUAACUUUGUAUGUCAGCAGAUUUAGGUUUUUAACAUCAGUCUCAUUUUCUGUCUGAACUUAAUUCUUUUGAAAGUUUUGAAAGGGGACUUUUAACUGAUACUACAACAUGGGUUGACAUAAUUUCUUCCUGGCUUAUUUAAGUUCCAUUUUCAUGCCCAGUUUGUUCUGGAAUACCACCUAUUUUUUUGUUGAUUCUUUGGACUGGUGCACAAAUUUGCUUUGCUAGCAGCUCUUUCACAUUUUUCACACCUUUCACUUUCUUUUUUGAGGUGAGUUUUUUUUUUCUGAUCUUUAACAGUAUCGAGUUUACUUGUCAAUGCCGACAGAUUUACCACUGAUGCAAAAUUUUUGUCAAUUUGCGACAACAGUUCCAGUAAUUUCUGAAGAGACCAGUCCCUCUCGUUAGCAGAUUUUUCAAGUUCCAACACUAAUCCAUUUGUUACUAACCCUAAAGGUGGUGCUUAACCUUUGUCUAAAGAUGUUUCAGAUAUUCCAGCAGCCUGGCAAAAUGGCCCAAGGCCGGUCAUGACUCCAGAUGUAAUUCUGAAAUACAAAGUGUAAACUGCUUCAAUUUAAACCGGAAUCGCCUGUCCCGUCGUCCGUCCCGCAAGGCGGUCGCCUAGGGAACCCCAGUCGGGUGGCUCCUGGAGGGGAACCGGUACCCCACUGCUCAGACUGUUUAUUAUUUUACAUUUCAAAUGAUUGUCUAAACAAAAAUAGUACAUAAUAAUCAUUAGGCAUGUACUAUCUAUGAACAAUUUCUUUUGAACUGAAAUUUUCAUUUAUUUCGUACACGAAGUACAAACAGGUUGAGUACAACACUCAUUGUGGGACCUUCUACAAAUACUGUUCAAGUUUUUUUGAUUCGUUAAAAAACAUGGCUGCCAGAGGGUGUGGUUACGUUUCAUCAACAACUUCUUUAAACAGCAUCUCCAAAGCCACUUGAAUGGAUUUUGAUGAAACUUUACACAAAUGAUCUCUGGGUAGCCCUGUUUCAAAAUUGUUAAAAUUGUUCCGGUUCCUUGAACAUCGGAUCUUUUUGGUUAAAAUAGGUUUCAGCUAUCAGACUUUAAAAAUCUUCUCAAGAGCUUUGAUAUUUGGAAUGUGAUAUAAGGGUGUGACUCUCUACCGUAUUUGUCCAUGUUAUUCCCCAAUGGUCAAAAAUGGCAAUGCCUCUCUGUGUGACAUGUACUUACUAUUUUGUUUUGUUUGCUUUGGGUUUAACACGUUUUUCAACAAUAUUUCAGUUGCGUAAUGGCGGGCAGUUAACCUAACCAGUGUUCCUGGAUUCUGUAUCAAUACAAACCUGUUCUCCGCAAGUAACUGCCAAGUUCCCUGCUUGAAUCAGAGGUGGAGAUGGAAUGAUUUCAUACACAAAGUCUUUCAUCAAAUUGUCAUGGAGAAAAUACGCCUUGCCUAGGGCUCAAUCUCGCGACCCAGAGGUCUGUAGAUCUGAGCUCUCCCUUUUGAGCUAAGCCUUGAUAUUUGGCAUGUGAUAGAGUUGUACUGUCUACCUUAAUUGUUUUAGUUAUUGCCCAAAGUUCAAAAAUGUGUGUGACAUGUAUAUAAUAUAGGCUAACAUAGCAGAAACCUAAUAUAUCAUUUCACAAACACACUUGAAGCCUUGCACAGGUGAGCACUUUAGGGUUGAUGAACCUCUUGUUUAGCUCUAUUAUUCAAAGAAUAUGUGCAGCUUUUGCAUUCACCAUUCAUCAGCAACCUGAUUUUGGUAAUAUUUUGUAUGUAAGCUGGUAUCUCAGUAACCACUUGUGGAAAUUUAUUCACUGUGAUGAACUGAGGUGCAUUGCACAGGUUCAAGUACUCUUUUUUUUUUUUUUUUUUUUUUUUUUCAUUUUUACAAAAUUAUGCCCCUUUUGGACUUUUGUAUUUUUACAGUUAACAAUUCAAGUGACAAGGCUGUAGAAUAGUUGAGCAUUUGUGUCCUCCCAUGGCUUUUGUUUUAGAAUAAUCUUUAUUUCAUGAUCUCCAGUGAAUAAUUGAAAUGUAAGAGCGAACUAUAUCUGGUAAUUCAGGAGUGAAAAAUGUCAAAUGUAUUUUUUACUGGUGAGGAACAAGGAAAAGACAUGAAAAGUUAAGAAAAUUUGUUUAUUUUAAAUGUAAGAUGUCAUAUCUUACACUGGUGAACGUAAGAACUAACAUUUUAACUUGAAGAAAAACUGAUGAAAAUUUCGUAUUGUGUUCAUUCAGUAAAAUAUCCGCUACACAUUUUACAAAUAAAAUCGUCAGAAGCCGACAAACUAAUCAACCUGUGUAUUUAUGUUGUAAAACGGUAUCUUCUGUGCCAGUGCAAAGAAAGUAAAACUUAAUGUGUUAUCUGUAGAUGGCCCCUAUUGUUUUUUGGGGUCAGUAGGUCAAAGUUCAAGUUGACUGGCAUAGAUCAAUAAGUGGAUAAAACAUAGACCUAAGGCCAUCUGAUUUCAUGUUUUGAUAGUUUGUGGUCUAUGGAUGACCAUUGUGGUCAAAGUUUCAUUAGGUCAAAGGUCAAGGUCACAGUAGCAUUGAUGCUGGAAACAGAUUUAUAAAUGGUGGAAGAACGCUGAGUUCAAAGGAAUCAGACUUUAUAGGACGGCAUAAGUUAAGUCAAUGGUUCUAAUGCCACAGUUGCAACACUCAUGAUUUUUAAAAAAUACAUGCUUAAUUAGAUCUACCUAUAAUAAUUAUAUGUAUUGUCUGAUUUACUUUAUCCAACAAGCAGAAAACUUAACCCUUACCCAGCUAAAUUUCUAUAAUGAACUUGUCUAUCUUCCAAUUUGGAAGUACCAUUAGCUGUUAAAAGGGGUGCUUAGCAAAAAAAAUACUGACUGAAUUGUGAACAGUGCAGAUCAUGAUCAGACUGCACGGAUGUGCAGGUUGAUCAUGAUCUUCUCUGGUCACAAAGGCAGAACCAAUCGUGUCUAGCAUGGUAAAGGUUUAGAACCUAUCAUAUACAGAAAAAUGCAUGACAUAAGACAGUUUAUUUUAUGAUUUUAUGAUAUUUUUUUUUAUCAUAUCUCUCACUUGCAUUUUCACAUGCAAUUUUAGAUGACAAGGCUGGUUAAAUUGAUUGCAAUAAACUUUUACUGUUAGAAUGUAUUUAUUACAUUGAUUCAUACCUUUUUAUGUAAUGAUGUUAUUAACGAUGUGAAAUGAAUUAAAAACAUGUAAAACUUA